AGUUGGUUUUUAUAAAAGCACGUACUUAAAGAUUAGGUCAGUCUUGUUUCAUGUAACAAACCCUUGAUCGGUCGGGUUCUCUGGAUAUAUAUUUAGUAAUCUGCGAAGACAAAACGUAAGCUAAAUCAGUGUGUUUUAGCAGGUGCAUGGGUGAAGUGGUAGUAGAUAGUUUUGCUAGCCCAUUCAUUCAUUUUUGGGACGUUACAUCCAGACCCAGUGUGACACUCAUCGCUCAAAAUGAGGAUGAUCACCUUUUUCCUGGUGGGACUAACAGUCCAUGUGGUCUUCUUCGUUUCCAUCUUUGACAUCUACUUCACCUCUCCCUUGGUCCAUGGUAUGACACCCCAGGCCACGCCACUGGCACCCCCUGCCUCCAGACUGGUGUUGCUGGUGGCUGAUGGACUCCGAGCAGACAGCUUCUUCACCCUUCUCCCCAACGGCUCAUCGAGGGCCCCAUACUUGAGGAGCAUCAUAGAGGAAACGGGUACCUGGGGUGUGUCACACACACGAGUCCCCACUGAGUCUCGCCCUGGUCAUGUUGCUCUCAUCGCUGGCUUCUAUGAGGAUGUUAGCGCUGUUGCCAAAGGUUGGAAGGAGAAUCCUGUAGAAUUUGAUUCUGUGUUCAAUGAGAGCAGACACACCUGGUGCUGGGGAAGCCCUGACAUUCUGCCUAUGUUUGCCAAAGGUGCUACUGGAGACCAUGUGUACACCCAUACAUAUCCAGCUGUGGAGGAGGACUUUGCCUCCACUGAUGCAUCCAAACUAGACAACUGGGUGUUCACUCAAGUCAAAUCAUUCUUUCAAGCAGCAAAGUCAAACUCCACUCUAAGGGCCAGUCUACUGGAGGAUAAGAACGUUCUCUUCUUGCAUCUGUUGGGCAUCGACACAAAUGGACAUGCUCACAGGCCAAUGUCACAGGAGUACCAAGAGAAUAUUGGUCUAGUGGAUGCUGGUGUAUCUGAGCUGGUGUCUAUGGUAGAAGACUUCUUUGGUUAUGAUGGCAGAACAGCCUAUGUGUUUACUUCUGAUCACGGCAUGACCGAUUGGGGUUCCCAUGGUGCAGGCCAUCCCUCUGAGACUCUCACACCUUUGGUGGUAUGGGGAGCCGGUGUUCAUAAUGCCCAGCAAGUUACUGAACCUCAACUGUACAAGGACAGCUACUUACAAGAUUGGAAACUGGAGCACCUCCAAAGGGUUGAUGUCAAUCAGGCUGACAUUGCUCCCCUCAUGGCAUCUCUCAUUGGUGUACCCAUCCCUGUCAACUCUGUUGGUGUGUUACCUCUUCUCUACCUCAACAACAGUAAGCAGUUCAAGGCAGAGAGCAUGUACUCUAAUGCUAUUCAAGUACUGGAGCAGUUCAAGGUGAAAAUGACCCAAAAAAGGGAGACAACCUUGUCUUUUCUCUUUACUCCAUACCAACUACUUACUGAGUCAAAACAAGCAGAAUUCAUUCGCACGGCCAGAAUACUGAUGCAACUGGAAAAGUAUGAGGAUGCUAUCUCUCUGUGCCAGUCUCUGAUCACCAAUGCUCUGGAUGGACUGGUUUACUACCAUACCUACGACAGGUUUUUCUUGGGCUGCAGUGUAGUGCUGGGAUUUGUAGGUUGGACCUCCUAUGUUGUCCUAAUCAUACUAAAGACUCAUGCGAGCCUCAACAGACGUCCCAGUCUCCUCCAACAGAUCCCCGGGCGUACCCUGAUGAGGCUGUGUAUGUGUGUCACCAUGGUGAUCACUGUAUUCUUGCUUAUCCAAAGGAGUCCCAUCACCUACUAUAUUUACUGCCUGCUGCCUGUGCCUGUGUGGUACUCUGUUCUUAAAGAAUCUGGAACUCUAAUAGAUUUGAUUCGCUCCGCUCCAUCUCUGCCACUGUGGAAAUGUUUUGGCUAUUUUGUGCUGGUGGCGUUUGGGAUUGAACUACUGGUGGUGAGUUUCUUCCAUCGCGCCAUGCUGACUCUGGGUCUGGUGGUCCUCUCUCUCUGGCCCAUGCUGUCUGGACUUUUUGGCAAGGCCAAGUUCCGUUCAUUGAGCUGGUUUCUGAGCUGUCUGUGUUUGGCUGCUUUCCCUCUGAUGCCGGUUGUGGGAAGAGAGCCUAACAUACAUCUGGUGACCUGUGCAGGUGUUCUCACUCUCUUCACCGCAGCCUGUUACCUCUGGUCGUCACACCACAGGACACCACUACAGCCUAGUGACAGACAACAAUUCGUCACCCAGAUGCUACAUGUGGCGGUGUGUGCGUAUGUGCCUUCCCUCACACACUCCAGCCUGCAGCAGAAACAGGGCCUGCCACUUCUUAAUCAGAUCAUCAGCUGGAUCACAUUAGCAUCUUCUAUGCUGGUUCCGUUGUUGAGCUCUACACGUCUUUUCCAUCGACUCCUCAGCAUAUUUCUCUCCCUCACUGCCACGUACCUACUGCUCAGCACAGGGUCAGAGGCCUUGUUCCCCCCUGUGUUAUCUUGGUUGAUGUUUGUGUGGAUCAACAUUGAACAGGAAGCUAUGAUUGCGCAGGGUGUCUCUGGAAGGCAAGAGCUCUCCACUAUUGAUUUCUCCGCAAACAUUGACAUCACCAAGAUCCGACAGCUGAAGCUGGAUGACAUCAGAAGAUCAUACUUUUUUGUAUUUUUUAUAAUAACAGCUUUCUUUGGCACAGGGAACAUAGCUUCCAUUAACAGUUUUGACCCAGCAUCUGUUUAUUGUUUCCUUACUGUCUUCAACCCCUUCAUCAUGGGAGGGUUGAUGAUGUGGAAGGUUAUCAUCCCAUUCAUAAUAGUAAUGUGUACAUUUGAGACCAUCCAAGUUGCAACACAGCUCUCAUCAAGAAGUUUGUUCCUCAUUGUCUUGGUCAUCUCUGAUCUAAUGGCUCUGCACUUCUUCUUCCUGGUGCAGGACUACGGCAGCUGGCUGGACAUUGGCACAAGCAUUAGCCACUAUGUGAUCGUGAUGUCAAUGACCAUUUUCCUCAUGUUACUCAGUGUGGUCACACACAUCCUCACCUCACGAAGAUUCACUCUGUGGAAGAAAUCAAAGAUGCACUUUCCCUAAAUAAACAUCUGCACACACACUUUUUUUAAAUAUUAUUUUUGGGGCAGGAUAUGCAACAAAGCUCCCCUGCUGGACUGGAACCAGGGACAUUGCAUGUAUGUGUCAUGUGCUGUAACCACUCAGCAAUGAGGCGCUCCACACAUUUGCUUGUUAAACCAAAUGUUUAGUAUUUAUUUGACAGGUUUGGGUACUUUUCAUUUAGAAUAUGCCUUAUUAAACCUGAGUUUGUUAUUUAAAAUUUGAGGUAUUGUUUUAGGAUCCAAUAUAAUACUUUGCAAAAGUCUUACACUAUUUGGCUAAAGUUAUAAUUAAGUAUAGUACAGUUAAUAGAUAAAGUAAAUAUUAAGCAGUUAAGGAGCUGCUGGAUUCGAUUGCAUUAGCAGAGCGGGUGGCUUGCAUCAUUAAUUAGAUGCUGUCCUCUUCUCAGAACAGCUUGAAACAUUUACUGUGAAGUGAAAUCAUAGUCUCCUACAGAGGAUUUCUUCUUACUUUAAAAUACUGACCUCUUCUUCUUAACAGUUUUUUCUGUGGACCUCAGUGAUACCAUGUAGAUGAAUGAAGACUUCCUUUGCUAUUUACAUGAAUGGUUUUAAUGAUACAUUUAAAAAGUGGCCCAAGACUUUUGCACAGUACUAUUUGCACUGUAUUGUUUUGUACAAGAAUAAUGAGACUCUGUUUGAGGCACAUUGUUUAAUAAUAAUGUGCAUUAAUAAUUGAUCUAUUGACUAACGCUACUUGAAUGUUUAACUGUGAAUCAUGCCUUUGCCAAGUUUGCUGAUUCAUGAUCCACCAAAGAAGGGUAACUUGAUAAUUUUUUAAAUAUAUAAUACUAUUUGCAGUAAA